UGCAGCUAAAUCCUGUUACACAGUUAAGCUCACUUAUUUCAGCAUUGGCGGACCAUUCAAUAAGUCUGUCUCUGCUUUCUUGUUUUCAUCGACACCAAAGUUUCCUUCAAAUCUACCUCCUCUCUUUCAUUUCCCAUUUCUCUUUCUAACUUAUAGUUGUUGGAAGGAGCGCAGGAAUUGGAUUACAUUGAUUAGGAAAUGGACUCCGCAGCCAUGACUAGCGUUUGUGGCAAAUCUACUCUUUGCUCUACUCCCGGUUUAUUUUUGGGGAGAGCGAGUGGUAUUAGGAGCUCGCAAUGUAGCUUUAUGGCAGGAAAUAGGAUAAACUUUCCGCGGCAGACAGCUCAGGCAUACAAAGUAACUACUAAAUCUAGCAAACGUGGUGGUGCUCUUGCUGUGACAUGUCGCGCCGAGAAGAUUCUGGUGGCAAAUCGAGGAGAGAUUGCUGUUCGUGUGAUUCGAACUGCCCAUGAGAUGGGUAUUCCUUGCGUUGCGGUUUAUUCGACUAUAGACAAAGAUGCCUUACAUGUGAAACUGGCUGAUGAAUCUGUUUGCAUUGGAGAAGCACCAAGCAAUCAAUCGUAUUUAGUGAUCCCAAAUGUCUUGUCUGCUGCUAUUAGUCGCGGAUGUACAAUGUUGCAUCCUGGAUAUGGUUUCCUUGCUGAGAAUGCAGUUUUUGUUGAGAUGUGCAGAGAGCAUGGAAUCAACUUUAUUGGGCCGAAUCCAGACAGUAUAAGAGUCAUGGGUGACAAAUCCACUGCUAGAGAUACAAUGAAGAAUGCUGGUGUUCCAACUGUGCCAGGAAGUGACGGACUAUUACAGAGCACUGAAGAAGGUGUAAGGCUCGCCGAGGAGAUUGGUUACCCAGUGAUGAUUAAGGCAACAGCUGGUGGUGGUGGGCGUGGAAUGCGUCUUGCUAAAGAACCUGAUGAGUUCAUAAAAUUAUUGCAGCAAGCUAAGAGUGAAGCAGGAGCUGCAUUUGGAAAUGAUGGCGUUUAUCUGGAGAAGUACGUCCAAAAUCCUAGGCACAUUGAAUUUCAGGUAUUGGCAGACAAAUAUGGUAAUGUUGUACACUUUGGAGAGCGUGAUUGCAGUAUUCAGAGAAGAAACCAGAAGUUGCUGGAGGAAGCACCCUCGCCUGCAUUGACACCAGAACUGAGGAAAGCCAUGGGUGAUGCAGCUGUUGCAGCAGCAGCUUCCAUAGGUUACAUUGGUGUUGGUACCGUGGAGUUCUUAUUGGAUGAGAGAGGUUCCUUUUACUUCAUGGAAAUGAACACUCGUAUUCAGGUGGAGCAUCCAGUGACAGAAAUGAUAUCCUCUGUUGAUUUGAUAGAGGAACAAAUCGGUGUUGCUAUGGGAGAAAAGCUCCGAUACAAACAGGAGGAUAUUGUGCUUAGAGGACAUUCAAUUGAAUGUCGUAUAAACGCAGAAGAUGCUUUCAAAAAUUUCCGACCUGGCCCAGGGAGAAUCACUUCAUAUUUGCCAGCUGGAGGUCCAUUUACGCGUAUGGAUAGCCACGUUUAUCCUGACUAUGUCGUUCCACCUAGCUACGAUUCCCUGCUAGGAAAGCUCAUCGUAUGGGCUCCAACACGCGAGAAGGCUAUUGAGCGCAUGAAAAGAGCACUUAAUGACACCAUUAUUGCUGGAGUUCCUACCACAAUAGAGUACCAUAAACUCAUCCUUGAUAUCGAGGUAGACUUUGACGGGAAAGUUGAUACUGCUUUUAUUCCAAAGCAUGAGGAAGAAUUAGCUCCGCCUCAGCAAAUGGUUCCAGCAGCAACCAAGGAGCUGAUCAAUUCCAGUACUUAACUAUUCUUUUGUUUUUCUUCUUCUUUGAUCUUUUUCCUUCAUCAGUGAAUAGAGUGAGAGAAGAUUAGUCCCAUUAGAUCUUGAAGUGACUGCAGUUUUGAAUAUAACAUUUAUCUCAUAAUCUUAGCUUGAUUGUGUUUUAAGAUACACAAGAUUGAAUGAAAUUCUAAUCUUUUUUUGUCA